AUGGAGAUUUGCUGUAACUACAAGGAACAUCCAAAUGGAAGGAUUUGGCUAUUGUGGAAACAAAAUGUUGAGGUGCAGAUACUGUUGCUUGAUGAACAUUCUAUACAUUGUGAAGUCCAGGAAAGAAGUUCCACUUUCAAGACUUUGAUAACUGUGGUGUAUGAAAGUAAUGAAGUAAACAAAAGGCAGCAGUUAUGGGAUAAACUUGUGAAUUUAGGAGCAACUAUUAAGGAGAGUUGGCUACUUAGUGGAGACUUCACUAAUGUCAUCCACACUGAUGAUAGGAUAGGGGCUCCAGUUACACAAAGUGAGUUUAAGGGGUUUCAGGAUGCAAUUAUUACCCUGCAACUCACACAAUUGAAGAGUUUGGGAUGGUUCUAUACUUGGUGCAACAAACAACAACUGGAAAAGAGGAUAUACAGUAGAAUUGAUUGGGAACUGGGAAAUGUUGAGUGGAUGCAGAAGUACAGUCAUAUUGAAGCAGAUUUUCUAAAUCUUGAGGUGUCAGACCACUCCCCUAUUCUACUACAAUGCAAGGUUGUGGAUCAAAAAAGGAACCUGCAUCCUAAACCUUUUAAAUUGUAUAGCUCUGUGAUGGAUCAUGCUGACUUUGCAGGCAUAGUGGAAAAUGUAUGGAAUCAAGAGGUAAAUGGAGGCAACAUGCACAGGGUAUGGAAUAAGCUUAAAGAUUUGAAAACUGAACUGAAGGAAUUGAACACUUAUACAGCUUCCUAUAGGCUUCAGCUCAUAAGUCCAAGCAGAAACUUGAAGCCAUUCAGAUUGAAGCUGAGGACAAACACAAAUACUAUAAACUCUAUCUACACUGACUUGGGAGACAAUGUAUCUGAUCCUAUACUGGUGGAGGAAGAGUUUGUCAAGUUCUUCAGGAAGCUACUGGGAGAGAAUAACACUACAUGUGAAUGUCCAAACUCUGAGGUCAUACGUCAAGGACCUUGUCUUAAUAUGCAGAAGAAGAAGGACCUAAUCAAAGUAGUUACAAGAGAUGAAAUACUUCAGACAAUAAAAGAUAUGCCACAUGAUAAGGCACUAGGAGUGGAUGGGUUUCCAAUUGAAUUUUUCACAAGACAUUGGCAAGUAGUAGGUGAUGACAUAUAUGAGGCUGUGAAGGAUUUUUUUGUGACUGGGAGGCUACAUAAAGGAGUGAGCAGGUGGCUAGAUGGUCCUAGGGUGUUAAUUUGGCGGUCACCGGCAUCAUUGCCACCGGGUUUCCAGCUCAGGGCUUCAAUGGCGGCGGCUACGGCGGGCUCCUGA